GGGCAUGUGGUCUGUGGGACUCUUGAACAGGCUAGGGGCUCCAAAGGCAGGCCGCUCCCACCUGCUAGCCAGAGCGACCAAUGAAAGCUUGGCCUGGUGAUGUCAUGGCCCGGCUGGACCCUUGUAAUGACAGUCGGAGGUCACCGGUCAGGGGAAUUGCUUAAGCCCACCCUUGUGGGUUCCAGAAGUUUCCACUGUUGCAGCGGAGUGCAGCCUUUCCCCGCAGCCUUCUGCGUGCUACUAUGUGACCUGCCUUCUCAGCUGUCCCCGCAUCACCCCUUCUUGUCCUUGGGGGUCUCUUCCUAUGAGGAAGAGCUUAUGUUUCUGUAUCUGUUCCCACAGGUGUCCACAGAGAUGUCCCACGUCAUCUUUUCUACCAGUGCCAGCUGAGGGGGUCUUCAGCCAGGCUUUCAAGUGUCGCUUCUCCUAAGCCACCCCCCUUGCUAUGUCGUGGUUACAGAUGCGCAAACGUCAGCCUGUCCCGGCAGCCAUGUGGCUUCCCCGGUAUCCCCUGCACACACCCUCCCUGGCUUCUCCACUCCUCGUCCUCUUCCUCUCCCUCCUGGGAGGAGGGGCAGGGGCUGAGGGCCGGGAAGACCCACAGCUGCUGGUGAGGGUUCGAGGGGGCCAGCUGAGGGGCAUCCGCCUGAAGGCCCCUGGGGGCCCAGUCUCAGCUUUUCUGGGCAUCCCCUUUGCAGAGCCACCCGUGGGUUCGCGUAGAUUCAUGCCACCAGAGCCCAAGCGGCCCUGGUCAGGGGUGUUAGAUGCUACCACAUUUCAAAAUGUCUGCUACCAAUAUGUGGACACCCUGUACCCUGGGUUUGAGGGUACUGAGAUGUGGAACCCCAACCGAGAGCUGAGUGAAGACUGCCUGUAUCUUAAUGUGUGGACACCAUACCCCAGGCCUACCUCUCCCAUACCUGUCCUCAUCUGGAUUUAUGGGGGUGGUUUCUACAGUGGAGCAUCCUCUUUGGACGUGUAUGAUGGCCGGUUCCUGGCCCAGGUGGAGGGGAUCGUGGUGUUAUCUAUGAACUACCGAGUGGGAACCUUUGGCUUCUUGGCCCUGCCAGGAAGCAGAGAAGCCCCUGGAAAUGUAGGCCUGCUGGAUCAACGGCUUGCCUUGCAGUGGGUACAAGAAAACAUCGCAGCCUUUGGGGGAGACCCGAUGUCAGUAACUCUGUUUGGGGAGAGUGCAGGUGCAGCCUCGGUAGGCAUGCACAUUUUGUCCCCGCCCAGCCGCAGCCUCUUCCACAGGGCUAUCCUGCAGAGUGGUACACCCAAUGGGCCCUGGGCCACCGUGGGUGCGGGAGAGGCCAGGCGCAGGGCCACGCUGCUGGCCCGCCUUGUGGGCUGUCCCCCAGGUGGCGCUAGCGGCAACGACACGGAGCUGAUAGCCUGCCUGCGGACAAGGCCCGCUCAGGACCUGGUGGACCAUGAGUGGCACGUGCUGCCCCAAGACAGUAUCUUCCGAUUUUCUUUCGUGCCUGUGGUGGAUGGGGACUUCCUCAGUGACACGCCCGAGGCCCUCAUCAAUACUGGAGAUUUUCAAGACCUGCAGGUGCUGGUGGGUGUGGUGAAGGACGAGGGCUCCUACUUUCUGGUUUACGGGGUCCCAGGCUUCAGCAAAGACAAUGAAUCUCUCAUCAGCCGGGCCCAGUUCCUGGCUGGGGUGCGGAUCGGUGUACCCCAAGCAAGUGACCUGGCAGCCGAGGCUGUGGUCCUACAUUAUACAGACUGGCUGCAUCCUGAGGACCCUGCCCACCUGAGGGAUGCCAUGAGUGCAGUGGUAGGAGACCACAACGUUGUGUGCCCCGUGGCCCAGCUGGCUGGGCGACUGGCCGCCCAAGGGGCCCGGGUCUAUGCCUACGUCUUUGAACACCGUGCCUCCACACUGACUUGGCCCCUCUGGAUGGGGGUGCCCCACGGCUAUGAAAUCGAGUUCAUCUUUGGGCUCCCCCUGGACCCCUCGCUGAACUACACCACAGAGGAGAGAAUCUUUGCUCAGCGACUUAUGAAAUACUGGACCAAUUUUGCCCGCGCAGGGAACCCCAAUGACCCUCGAGACUCCAAGUCUCCACAAUGGCCACCGUACACCACUGCAGCUCAGCAAUACGUGACCCUGAACUUGAAGCCCUUGGAGGUGCGGCGGGGACUUCGAGCCCAGACGUGCGCCUUCUGGAAUCGCUUUCUACCCAAACUGCUCAGUGCCACCGACACGCUGGACGAGGCGGAGCGCCAGUGGAAGGCCGAGUUCCACCGCUGGAGCUCCUACAUGGUGCACUGGAAAAACCAGUUCGACCACUACAGCAAGCAGGAUCGCUGCUCAGACCUGUGACCCCGGAGGGACUUCAGGUCCUGCCGCCCUGCCCGAGCCCCUAGCUGUAUAUAUACUAUUUAUUUAAGGGCUGGGAUAUAAUACAACCGAGCCCCAGGCCCUGUCCACCUUACCCCGACUUCCUCCCACUAGGGGCUCCCCAUCUUCUGCAUGCUUUAGGCUGAGCUCCCCUCCCCGCGGUGCCUUCGCCCCUCUGGGCGGCCAAUAAACUGUUACAGCCACUAAAGUCUGCGACCAGCGGGAAGUUGGGGCGGGGACCGAGUCACAGAGACGCUGGGAUGAGAAGCCUUAGGAUUGGUGAGCACAAAUGCACCGUAACAGCAGUAUCCGGCGGAAGUAGGCCCUGGGUCCGCCCCUUAGGGCAGAGCUUGCGACUGCGCAAUCAGGCAGAUUUGCGAGCGUGUUUCCGAA